CCGGUGCGGCGGGAGUUGCAGGCGAGAGGUCUCCAUGGAGGCGCUUGGGGGAGCGCCUGUGGCCAUCGCGGUGGCCGUGGUGGCGGCGUCCGCCCUGCUGCUGCUGCUGCUCCGAGGGACGGCGCGGAGGCCGAGCGGCCCCGUCACGCUGCAGGACCCGCUCGCCAAGUACCCGCUGCGGCUGCUGGACAAGGAGGACAUCAGUCACGAUACUAAGAAAUUCCGAUUUGGGCUACCCUCAACAAGUCAUAUAUUAGGAUUACCUGUAGGCCAACAUGUUUACCUUUCUGCAAAAAUCGAUGGGAAUCUGGUGAUUCGAGCCUAUACCCCAGUUUCCAGUGACGAGACAAAAGGUUAUGUUGAUUUAAUUAUAAAGGUCUACCACAAAAAUGUGAACCCCAAGUUUCCAGAAGGCGGGAAGAUGUCCCAGUAUCUAGAUAACAUGAAGAUUGGAGAUACCAUUGAUUUCAGAGGGCCAAAUGGACUCCUGGUCUAUAAGGGGACAGGCACCUUUCUUAUCAAGCCUAAUAAGAAGUCUGAAGCAGAGAAAAAGUUUGCAAAGCACCUGGGAAUGAUAGCUGGAGGAACAGGAAUAACUCCUAUGUUGCAGCUGAUCCGUCAGAUCACGAAUGAUCCUAAGGACUCCACAAAAUGUUACCUCCUUUUUGCUAAUCAGACGGAAAAUGAUAUAUUGCUGAGAGCUGAGCUAGAAGACAUUGCCAAGAGGCAUCCUGAGCAGUUUGUGCUGUGGUACACACUGGACAGACCUCCAAAAGAUUGGAAGUACAGCUCUGGUUUUGUCACUGCAGACAUGCUGAAAGCCCACCUGCCUGCCCCCAGCAGUAAGACCCUCAUUCUCAUGUGUGGGCCACCACCAAUGAUUCAGUUUGCCUGUCAGCCCAACCUGGACAAGCUUGGCUAUCCCAAGAGCAGCACAUUUGCUUAUUAACAUUGAUGUCACCUGAUACCUUUUUUGGAAGUACUGCAUAUUUUUCUACAGGAACAGUUGAUGUGCAACUGUGCAGGAUUUAUGUGUGUGUGUUUUAACCCCUUGAUGUAAUUUCUGUGAUUUAUAACUUCAUCAUUACCUUGUGUGUGUUUUAAUGCUAAGAAGUUGAGAAAUCCUCUUGAAUUGUGUGGGAGUUCGCGUCUGGCCUCUGAAAUUAGUAUAAAAUAUUAAUUCCGAGGGGAAAAAAAAUUAAGGUGAGAGGUCAGCAAGUGAGAGGGGAACAUUCAGAAUUUAUUCAUAACAGUCAAAAACCUAAGCAUUUAUACCAGUGUUAUGCUAACUAGGAUUUCCUACUAUGUAUAUUUAAAAGAAGAAUCAAUUGUUUUGUGGAUUGACUAUUCACGGCCAAGUUAGCACAACACCACACUGAGUUGUAAAUACAGCAUUGAAAGAAAGAGGAACUGUUGUGUUUGGAAUAUCCCAGGGCUGCUGGAGCAGCUGUCCCAUUUGCAGUGCUGUAAAUAAGUCUGUUGGCUAAUUGACCUGACAAAAUAUUUCAAAUGCCUGUGGUACCUGAGCUGGUCACUAGUACUGACUGCACUGCCAGACUGGUACAUUUAAUACCUUAUAUUAAACAUUAAACAGUAGUAGUUUGCUGAUGCGUAGACUUCUCAUUCUAUUGAGUUUCCCCUUUUUUUGCAGUGAUUGAAAAGAACCUGCCUUGAUUUUACCACUGUGGACAAUCAAAUCAUGCGUUUGUCUUCUUAUGCCUGACCAUACAGUGCAAGGUCUGUCAUGAGACACUGGUCAAGUGAGGACCAGGAUAGAUCACCUGUAAAAUGCACCCCAGGUGCUCAAAAGAGCCCUUGCUGCUUCCUGUGGCCAGGCCUGGAGUUUCCCUCUUUGUUUGGGAGGGUUGUGGCUGGCAGGGACCUGCCCUCAGGCUAUAUCAGAGUCUAAAGCAACACCUGCAGCCAUCAGGGAGAGAGUAAUGCAAACCAGCCCUAUACAAAGUACUUUUCCUUACAAUUAAGGAGAUUUUUUGCCGGCAUUUAUCUGUUUACUAAGAGAACUUCUUAAUAGCUCACUAAUACAGGAGAUGCACAUGUAAAGAGAUACCACAAGGAAAUGCUGCUGUAAAGGUGACAGCUUCACCCCCAGCCCCUCAAAAAGCGAGAGGCCAUAUUUCCCUUUGAUGCAGUCCUGUCCAGCCCAGUACAACAGCAACAGAUUUAUUUUGUCAGGUGUUUUAAAUAAAUCAAUCUUUGUUUUAUUCUGGUACUUUCCUGGUAGUCUCAGAGUUACAAUUUCCUCCUGCAAUUGUUUUUGCCUUAGGGAAAGAUUUGUGAACGUGGCAGCUCAUCAUCCUAAUGAAAGCAAGGGCUCGGGUGGACAGUAUUAUGUUCCAUUCUUCCCAUCCUACAUCUUCUCAUCCUGACUUCGACAAAAAGAGGGCAGGACAGGUGCCAAUGAAAGGGAGAGUUUGAAAUCUUUCUGGGGCCCAGUCUGGCAGGACCAGUGGAGGGGUGAGUGAGCCUUACUGCUGAAUUCCAGGUAGCUCUGAUUAACCCCCAUGAUACAAUUAUGUAUUAAUGAUUCCUGCACUACAAGUUAAUUAUAAAAAUAAAAAAUUACAACAGGUCUUUCACUAAGAGUACAUCAACACAGCACGUAAAAGACAACCCAAUAAAAGGAAAAAACGUUGCCAGUCUUGGGUUUCCAGACUCUGGGUAUGAGUCCCACUCCUCUCCCAACACCGUUUCCUAUUACACAAUGUGGGAAUACAGCACAGAGGAGAGUUACCUGGAACAUGUGGCUGCACUGACAAUAGGAAAUGCUACAUGGGAGGUGGCAGUGGCAGGAAAGAGAUAAAGCUUUCCUGCUGCACGGCAUCCAGCUGCUCCUGGCCACUUCUGCAGGCAUGAGGUAUGAGUCGUGUUCUUGGUCAUGCUGAAGCGUCAUCUCCAGUCUUCAAAGGUCGGUGUUAAAAACCUGCUGUCAUUCAGCAUUUCAUCCUGGCUCAGCAGCGUCUGAAAGAACAAGAUGGGAGGACUGAGUGUGUUUGGUGAGGGGCCUGUGCUCCCAGAGACCCAGCUGCAGUGAGAUCAGGCUCACAACACAAGGUGAGCACCACACACCAUCAAAAUGAAUUUCUACAAUACAGCUUUAAAUAACUUUUUUGCUUGAGGAAAUUCUUAGAGAUUUUGUGUCUGGCAUGCAACUCAAUGAUAUUUCAUAACUCUUCAUUAUGUCUUCUGGUCACUUAUUUUUAUUUUUUAAUAAAUUAGCUUCUGUGGAAUGAAGAAGCAAAAGUGAGGUGUUUUGUUUCGCACCGUUUUAGCUCACAUAAAUUUUCAAAAGUCUGUACCUCAUUCCUAGCUGCCGUGACAGGUGGUGGUUACCUGCAAAAUCUUUGAAGAAUUGUUUUCCUUUAAGUUUUCAUUUUGUCAAAGAGAGCAGAGUUCAUGAAAACUAGAGAGGCCUAAUUUCUAGAGCAAUUUAAAAGCAGGGGGUUUUUCUGACUGGAUGUUCCACCAGGCUGUCAAGAGAUACUUAACAAGAGCAGAGACCCACUUAUCUUCACUACCACCAGCAAUGACUGACUUUCGCUGAGUUUUAGCAGAACACAUUUGUGACUUUGGAACAAGAGAGGAAUGAGUACUUACCGUGAGGUGGGUUAUGCCUUGGGAAAGAGCCCCUAUUUGCAUUACUGUGCCUUCUGAAUGUUCCAUCUGUAAAAGCAGUCAGCAACUAGUUCAAAUGAGACAGCAUGUGCAAUUUUAUUCACUCUACAUGCAUCUUUGGGAGGGAUCUAUGCCCGGACAAAGGAAUUUGAGGUAAGUUUAAAAGCUCCUUAACAAAAAUGCCUCUGUGCUACAAGGUAUGCCAAAAUGCAUUUAAUUGCAGGAAGAGUGGAUCCUGAUUAAGAGAGAUUGAUUCCAUGAAACUUGGUCUCUAAUUCACAGAAAAAAAAAGAAAAAGCUUAACUGAUACUACCAAUGAAAAGUAAUAUUUUUCCGAAUGAUCUAACACUACUUGUAUUUCUGGUAUGCUUCUUUCACAGGCAAGAAGUCCUUGAUACAGUCCUACCUCUUUUUACAUAGAAAUGUCACCAGUUCUGGGCAUUGGGAUUUCCUGCAUGGGCAACAUGCUCAGAAGUCAUGCUUAAUAGACAGACCAUGCUCCUAGAGAAAAAUCCAGUCUUUCUGUCAUGCUUGAAUAACUGCACAAUUGCAAGUUCUUGGCUCAAAGUUAACGCAUCCCCUCACAACUCUUAGCUGAGCAAGCGGACAGCCACGCUCACAGUCAGGGUUUGAUUUUCUCCCUGUUGAGGAGCAGUACAUUGAAAAAGACAACGGUCAGCCAGUGAACACAAAUAAGAUGUUAGAUGCACUAAACCAUGCAAAUGAAAAAAAUUAUCUUCACAGUUAGUCUUUUCACUGCUGGGACUAUUCUCUUAGGAGGCUUAAAUUGUUUUUAUGUCACUGGAGAAAGGCCAGUUCACUCCAGCUGCCUCUGGCUGGCUCUUGUGUGUUGCCAAAGUUCACACAAGGCUCCAGGAGUGCUCCAUUUUUCAGGGUUUACAUCCCUUUACACAACAGCAAAGUUGAAAUAAAAUUUCAUGGGUUUUAGUCUUCAUCAUUUCUCUGUAUGCCGUCCUAGGCAGUUUCAUUCACAAGUUCACAACUACAUUACAAAAGUGAAUUAACUGUUGGUUUAUUAAUAAUUUGUUCAUUGCUGAUGCAUUGUCUUCACAUAUAUUGUCUAAGCAGAACUACUCCCCACUGUACACCAUGAAAGAAAAAAUUCAGUUGGGUUCUCUGAUUACUGUCUGUUAAAAAAUACAAUCCAGUUGUACUUUAAUAUAACUUGACAGCUUUGUGUAAGUCUCUCCAAAUGAAAUUACUGCAAUAAAAACCACCCACAAAGAUAAUGAAAAAAA